AUGGAAGUAGAAUCUACUCCUAAACAAAAACCAACUAAAAGAGCGCAAAAUCCUUCCAGAAUUGAUAAUCUUGCACCAUAUAAUAUAGCUGACGAUAUUCUAUCGAAACAAUCUUCUGCGACUUUAGAACAAUGGUUACAAAUACCAGCCCAACGGAGGAAUUUAGCAAACGCCUUAAGAUGUCAUCUUAUAUCAACACCUAGUGUUAAUUCCUUGGAAUUCAUAGAUGAUGAACCAGAAAAGAAAACAACUUCCUGCAAG